AAUAAAGCAGACUUACUUAGUAAGUUUCGUGUUUUGUUUUUAUUUUAAAACAAAACAGACCUUAACUCAAAUUCAAGUUAAGCAUUUACUCUCUUUGGAAUAAGAGAUUAUGAAUAAAAAAAAAACCUGUUAAGACAUCGAACAGGUUAGCUUUUAGACUGCAGAUAAGUUUUUUGCGCCAAAUCAAUAGAUAUCUAUAAAAAGCUACCAGUAAAAAAUAAUCAUUUCUAAUAAUUCACAUAAGUCGGUCAUCAAAUUCCCAAAGCUCGAAUCACUCAAAUUAAUUCUAACGAACCAUGAAUCGGGGUAUAGUCGCAUCAAUAAUUGUUUUUCUAGUUUUUCUAAAAAUACUUUUUCCUGAUAGUUACAAAAUUAAUACUACUCCAAGUAAAACGAAUAGAAGACCGUGACGACAGAAAUAAUUGUAUUCAUCAUCUUUUUAAAUUAUAGAAACCUCCGUUAACCAUACAUCAUCAAACAUUGAAGACGAUAAUGAUGACGAUGAUCAAUAUUAUAUAAUUGAAGGAGAACCAACACUUGCUGGGGAAUUCCCUUUUAUGGCAGCAUUAGGAUGGAAAGACAAAUCUGGAGAAAUGAAAUUUCUUGCCGGUGGAAUGGUGAUAGGUCCCAAAAUGAUCUUAACAGCUGCUCAUUGUGCUUACAAAGACGGCAAACUUCCUGACAUAGUUUUAACAGGAGGAAAUCCACUAUCAGGAAAUAAAUCAUCAACCGAUCUACAUUCAAAAUAUUCAGUAGUCAAUGUUACAAUAUUUCCCAAGUAUGAUCCUAGUCAAGGAUACGAUGAUAUUGCAAUAUUGGAAUUAAGUGCAUUUUCAUGGUCCCCUCCGAUUUGUUUAUGGCCAAGUCCAAAUUUGCCAAGUGCUGAUGUCACAGCCAUUGGAUAUGGUUUAACAGAAUUUGCUGGAUUGGGUUCUCAAGAGUUAUUGAAAGUCAACUUGACUGUUUUUUCAUCUGAUUAUUGUGCGCCAUUUUUUAAACGUCAACGAAAGUUCAAAAUGGGCCUGUCCGACGCCCAUAUCUGUGCUGGUGAUAAGGAUGGCAGAAAAGACACAUGUCAGGGUGAUUCUGGUGGACCACUUAUUUAUAGACACAAAAAUCAAAUGUUUGCUGUCGGAAUAACAUCAUCUGGACAAGCCUGCUCAGGGUUUCCACCAGCGAUCUAUACAAAAAUAUAUCCGUAUACAGAAUGGAUAAGUAAUGUGUUGAAAGAGCGAGGACAGUAUUUAAAAACUUGUAAUAUUAAAAACUAAAAAAAGA